AGCGUUUCCCGGAUGUUUCUCGUCGACUCUCUUCUGCCACGUCGCUUCUGUUGUGAAUGAAAUCUGGAGAAGAACUCGAGCAAACACAGUUUUUCUUCAGGAAUCUUGGAAUAUGAAGUCUAUCACAGUGUUACUAGUUCCUCUGUUAAUCUGUGAAUAUAUUUUAUCGGCUAGUUCUUUGUCUUUUACUCUAUCAUCUGGAAAUAGAAAGUGCCUGAAAGAAGAGGUCCACAAAGAUGUUCUAGUCACCGGCGAGUUCACACUUUCCGAUGCACCACAACAGAAAACUAAUCUAAAGGUGACUGAUUCCACCGGGCAUGUGUUCUACAAGAGAGACGAUGCCACAAAGGGGAAGUUUGCUUUUACCACCGACGACUACGACAUGUACGAAGUUUGCUUUGACAGUGAAACGUCUCAUGGCGGUGGGAGUGACAGAGAAGUUUCUAUAAACAUUAAACAUGGAGUAGAGGCCAAAAAUUAUGAAGAUCUUGCUAAAGCCGAGAAGCUAAAGCCCAUGGAGGUAGAGCUGAAAAGACUUGAGGAUCUAGGUGAUGCUAUUGUCAAUGACUUUGCGUAUAUGAGACAGAGAGAACAAGAGAUGAGGGACACAAAUGAGUCCACUCACUCAAGAGUCUUAUACUUCUCAAUAUUCUCCAUCUUGUGUCUAUUUGGACUGGCUACGUGGCAGCUAUUUUACCUCAGACGCUUCUUUAUUGCCAAAAAACUGAUUGAGUGAACACCUUCCCCAUAGCGCUGGAUGUUAUGAAUAUUGAGACCACAUUAAAAGUGACUGCUUCUGUAAUCUGGCAUUUUACAGAAUAAAGAAGACUGCUACAGUUAAGAUCAUGGAAAGAAAGGCACUUGCGACUUCUGCAAUUAUUUUAUGACUGGGAAAUUACAGUUGUAGGCCUCCAUAGGAGGGGCCAACUGGCUGUAAAUGCAAACUCUAGCUCGUCUUGUGUAAAAGCAAUCUCUCUUGUGGUCCAUUGUCAAAACAUAGUUUAUUAGGUACAAAAGUUAAGAUUGUAUAGUAAUGACAUUUCUAUUUGUAUAUCUGUGCUCAGUAUAGUCCAUCUCUGCAAAGUUCAUCUAGAUUGCAAAUACAAGCAGUCACCUUCUAUUUAGCUGCCACUUUACAAAGUUUCAUGAUAUUUGCUUUUUUUAUUAAAAUGCUGUCUUUGGAGUGUCUUUGAAAUCUCAAGGGAGACCGUUUUGUAAAAGCCUGAAUGCAUCCAUAUAUCCAUAUAAGAACAUUUCUAUCUAUCAAACAGUUUCAUCUUAUUAGUCAUUUAGAUCAGAACCGUCUAAGUCCAUUUCAUUUGUUUUUGUCAAUUAAAUGAUAAACCGAUCUACCUACUAUAUUAUUUGUGCUUUUAUUAUUUGUGUUUUUAUACUGUCUUGUUGGUAUUUGCCUCUUUUAUCUGAGUAUAAAUUGUGCACGUCUAGUCUUAAGGUAAUAGAAUGAUUUUUGUUAACCCAGCAAAGUGAUAGACAAUUAAUCAAAACUUAACAUAGUAGAGCCUAGAUGUAACGAUGCGACAAGAAAAAAAGGACAUCGUUAUAUCGAGGAUAUCGUGAAAUCGAGAUUAUUUUCUAGAGAAUUGUUCUUGUAACGUGAUAUCGAGUUUCCAAUGUAAUUUAUUUCCUUGACAAAUAGAACUCUCAUCAAUUUAAUAAGAUAGUUGAGUGAGAAAUUGAUUUUACUUAAGAGAAAUUAUGUUCAAUAAAAUUGACUAUAUGAA